UGAGCGGGUAGAGGGAGGUUUGGAGUCUUCUCACACCCCCGGUCUCUGCGGCCUGCUGGAGCGGGGGGGCUAGGAGGAGGAGUUGGCCGUCCGACUGGGGUCUGGAAUGUGGGGCCUCCCUGCUGCUGCGGAGUCGGGGCAGUCUGCUUCUCCCCACUGCAGGGAAAAGGACUAACUCCACCCUGACAUCAAGAAGAUGGAGGAAGAGGACGGAGCAGCAUCUGCAGCAUCCAGCUGUGUGUCUGUGAGGAGUGACUGGUCCAAAGAAAGACCUCCAUACUUCAGUCAUGGACCUGCAGCAACAAAGUUCUUCAAUCAUGGAGCUCAGCUGACCAUAGGUCAGAGGUCACAGUCUCCAGCAUCCAGCUGUGUGUCUGUGAGGAGUGACUGGUCCAGAGAAAUAAUUCCUCCAAACUUCAGUCAUGAACCUGCAGCAAGAAAGUUCUUCAGUCAUGGAGCUCAUCUGACCAUAGGGAGGAAGAGGAAGAGGAGUGAUGUUUGUGAGGAGGAGCAGCUGUCCUGCUGUGCUUUGUGUCAGGACGUCCUGAAGGAUCCAGUCUCUACCAGCUGUGGACACUGGUUCUGCAGACGGUGCAUCUCCUCAUACUGGGACCAGUCUGCUUCAUCAGGAGACUCCUCCUGUCCCCAGUGUGGAAAAAGAUCCAGAAGCAGAGCUGGACUGCAGACAGCCAGUCAGAGCAGCUGUGUACAAACAGAUGUUGGUCUGCAGGAGGUUUUAGAUGAACAUAAGAUCAGUCUGAGGAGGAGAUGUGAACGUGUGACUGAAGGAAGUGAUGAAACAGGAAGUAGAACCCUCCUCAACAGGAUCUACACUGAGCUCUACAUCACAGAGGGACAGAGUGAAGAGGUUCAUACCCAACAUGAGGCGAGGCAGCUGGAGACAGCUUCCAAGAUGGACGCCCGCCAUGACACUCCAAUCAGGUGCCAGGACAUCUUUAAAGCCUUACCUGACCAACAGAGACCCAUCAGAGUGGUUCUGACCAACGGCGUGGCUGGUGUUGGUAAAACCUUCUCAGUGCAGAAGUUCACUCUGGACUGGGCAGAGGGCUUGGAGAACCAACAUGUCAGUGUGGUGGUUCUGCUUUCAUUCAGGGAGCUGAACCUGAUCAGAGAUGAGCAGUACAGUCUUCUGGAGCUGCUCCAUGUUUUCCAUCCAACAUUACAGAAGGUCACAGCAGAGAAGCUGGCUGUCUCUCAGCUUUUGUUCAUCUUUGACGGCCUGGAUGAAAGCAGACUUUCAUUGGAUUUCACCAACAGGAAGCUGCUGUCUGAUGUCACACAGAAGUCAUCAGUCAGCCAGCUGCUGACAAACCUCAUCCAGGGGAAUCUGCUUCCCUCGGCUCUCGUCUGGAUAACUUCCCGACCUGCAGCGGCCAAUCAGAUCCCUCCUACGUGUGUCGACAGGCUAACAGAAGUACGAGGCUUCACUGACACCCAGAAGGAGGAGUACUUCAGGAGGAGAUUCAGUGAUGAAGAGCUGUCCAGCAGAAUCAUCUCCCACAUGAAGACAUCCAGGAGCCUCCACAUCAUGUGUAGUAUCCCAGUCUUCUGCUGGAUCACUGCUACAGUUCUGGAGCACAUGUUGACUACAGAGCAGAGAGGAGAGCUGCCCAAGACCCUGACUGACAUGUACUCACACUUCCUGCUGGUUCAGACAAAGAGGAAGAAGAACAAGUACCAUGAGGGACAUGAGACGAGUCCACAGGAGCUGACGGAGGCUGACAGGGAAGUUCUUCUGAAGCUGGGGAGGCUGGCGUUUGAACAUCUGGAGAAAGGAAGCAUCAUGUUCUACCAAGAAGACCUGGAGCAGUGUGGUCUGGAUGUGACAGAGGCCUCGGUGUACUCAGGAGUCUACUGCUUUGUUCAUCUGAGCAUUCAGGAGUUUCUGGCUGCAGUCUACAUGUUCCACUGUUUCACCAACAGGAAGACAGAGGUGCUGAAGGACUAUUUGGGGCAAAAGUACAGUGGGUCAUCUCUGGAUGAUUUCCUUAAACGAGCCAUGGAAAAAUCCCUCCAGAGUAAAAUUGGUCACUUGGACCUGUUUGUUCGCUUCCUUCAUGGCCUCUGUCUGGAGUCCAACCAGAGACUCUUAGGAGGUCUGCUGGGUCAGACAGAGAACAGUCCAGAAACCAUCCAGAGAGUCAUCAAGAACCUGAAGAAUAAGAAGAAGAAGGUUAAAUCCUCUCCUGACAGAAGCAUCAACAUCUUCCACUGUCUGAUGGAGAUGAACGACCUCUCAGUACAUCAGCAGAUCCAAGAGUUCCUGAAGUCAGAGGAAAGGUCAAAGGACCUCACUAUGAUCCACUGCUCAGCUCUGGCCUUCAUGCUGCAGAUGUCAGAGGAGGUUCUGGAUAAGUUUGACCUGCAGAAGUACAAAGCUUCAAAGGAGGGACGACUGAGACUGAUUCCAGCUGUGAGGAACUGCAGAAAGGCUCGACUGACUCAGUGUCGACUCUCAGAGACUCACUGUGAAGUUGUGUCAUCAGCCCUGAAGUCCAACCCCUCCCAUCUGGGACAGCUGGACAUGAGUAACAACAAGCUGCAGGAUUCAGCAGUGAAGCUUCUGUGUGCUGGACUGGAGAGUCCAAACUGUCGACUGGAGACUCUGAGAUUGAGGUUCUGUGGUUUGUCAGAGAUCAGCUGUGAUUAUCUGGCAGCAGCACUGAAGUCCAACCCCUCCCAUCUGAGAGAGCUGGACCUGAGUAAGAACAACAAGCUGCAGGAUUCAGGAGUGAAGCAUCUGUGUGGUUUUCUGGAGAGUCCAGGAUGUAAACUUGAAACUCUGAGAUUGAAGGGCUGUGGUUUGUCAGAGAUCAGCUGUGAUUAUCUGGCAGCAGCACUGAAGUCCAACCCCUCCCAUCUGAGAGAGCUGGACCUGAGUAAUGACUCCUGGUCGUCGACUAAUAACAAGCUGCAGGGUUCAGGAGUGAAGCAUCUGUGUGGUUUCCUGGAGAAUCCAGGAUGUAAACUUGAAACUCUGAGAUUGAGGUUCUGUGGUUUGUCAGGGAUCAGCUGUGAUUAUCUGGCAGCAGCGCUGAAGUCCAACCCCUCCCAUCUGAGAGAGCUGGACCUGAGAUACAACAGCCUGAAGGAUCCAGAUGUGAAGCAGCUGUCUGAUCUUCAGCAGAGUCCAGACUGCAGACUGGAGUGGCUGGUGUGGAUAUGAUGGUAAACAGGACGGUGUGUGUGCUGAGAGAGGAGCAGCUGUGUCCUGAUGAUCCAGAGAGGUUGAAGCAGCAGCAGCUUGUGUGUAGAGACGCUCUGACUGGGCCAUGUUACUGGGAGGUGGAGAGGAGAGCUUCAUCCAGCAGUGACUGACAGAGGAAUGAAGUGCAGAUGACUGUCAGUGCUGCAGAGUGAACUGCUCUGAGAACAGCUCCACUGUCAGACACAAUGUAGAGUCCAGCAUCAUCCCUGUGUGUCCCUCUGGAUCUGACAGAGGAUCAUCAGUGGAUCUGGACUGCUCUGCUGCUGCUCUGUCCUUCUACAGUCUCUGCACAGUCUCUGUCUCACUCUGGAAAGAUUUUACAACUUGUGUAAUUACAGAACAUUAAUAUUAUAUUCAAACAUGUGAUCUUCUCUUUAUUUCUGACUCUUUACCAAAUAAAGAAAAACUAAUAAACA